UUUACACCACAGAAGAAGGCGGGUGCUGAUACAAACACAUCUGGGUUGUUGCUAGGCAGCUCAUCGGUGACAGAAUCCCUUCUGUUCAGAUCGUGAGUCCUCGUGCUUUUCCGGAUCCUCUCGCGUCCUCCGAGCAUUGGAUACGGCUGAUGUCACAGGCAGCAGCGGCAGCGCCAGUUAGUCCGGCGGAGCUGAGGACUGGAAGGACGAUGGCGAUCGACAAAGCGACUCUCUUCAGUUAAGCCUGACAAUUGAAACCAUUAUCAGAGAACCGCCAACAAUGGAGAGGCAGGGGCUCCCCGACCAGGACCAGCUGCUGCAGUUUCUGAAGCGGCUGAAGGAGGUUUUUGAUGUUUGUGACGAGGAUGCUGACGGCUUCAUCCGGGUGGAGCACUUGAUGGACCUUGGGCUUCAGUUCGGUCAAGGAGACGAGGUCAAAAAGCUGACUAAGCAUCUGUGCCCCAAUGCUCACGGCAAAAUCAACUUCAAAGAGUUCUGCCAUGCAGUGUUCGCUAUCAAAGGUUUUGAGGAGAUAUUAAAGAUGGUGGUUAUCCCUCGGAGUCAGAUGUCCCAGCACCAGUCAGUCACAGACAACGGCUACGUUUAUCAGAAUGGUGAGGUGCAGCUCGGCCCUCCUAUCAUCACAUGUACACGAUCUUACCCAGAAUGCAAUGUGUACAACGUGAGGUGUGGAGCUGAGGCAGAGUGUGACAUGGACAGCGUUGCUGAAAACACCCACAGCUCUGACUCCCAAGAGACAUCACAGGACAGCUACAGACAUGUGACAGGGUCGGCGUCGGCCCCUGCCGUCCCCAGAGAGGAGCAGUUUGAGGACUAUGGUGAGGGGUUGGAUGUAGACUUCAGCCCCAGCAGCCCUUGUCCUGAAGACGACAGCAGGACCAAUGGCUUCUCAGACCUGGGUUCCUCACUCCCUUCCAGUGCUGGUCAUACUCCUCAGAAGAUGCAGCAGCUGUACAACAGCGAUCUGCUCGACAUCUACUGUUCUCAGUGCUGCAAGAAAGUGAAUCUUCUCAAUGACCUGGAGGCUCGUCUUCGAAACCUCAAGGCAAACAGUCCUAACAGGAAGAUCUCCAGCACAGCGUUUGGACGUCAGCUGUUUCAGGCCAAUCUUGGAGUUUUUGGCUCCAGUCAGGGCAGCAGCACAGAGGACCUGUUCACAGACAGCAUCGACUCCUGUGACCUCGACAUCACAGACAAGGUCAGUUAUCUGGAGAAGAAGGUGACUGAGCUGGAGAGUGACAGUUUGGCCAACAGCGACCUGAAGUCUAAACUCAAACAGGAGAACACCCAUCUGGUCCACAGGGUGCAUGAACUGGAAGAGCAGGUGAAGGAUGCUGAGACAAAGGCAGCAGAGACGCUGGGGGAGGAGAUGAAGCGCCACCGUGAGGCUUACAGCAAGAUGGAGAGAGACAGAAACACAGAGAUAGAUCUGCUCUGUUGCCGGGUCCAGCAGUUAGAAGAGGAGAAUGGAGACAUGAGCGUAAAUGUGAGCAGACUCAAGUCUCAGUCUGAGAAACUGGACCAGGAAAAGCAAAAGAUGACGGACAAAUUGGAGGACACCAGUCUGAGGCUGAAGGAUGAGGUGGACCUGUACAGAAAGAUCAUGGAUAAGCUCUGGCACAACCGCCACGAGUUUCAGAAAGAAAAAGAGGCCAUGCAGGAGUUGAUUGACGACCUGCGCCGGGAGCUGGAGCAUCUGCAGUUGUUCAAGUUGGAAAUGGAACAUCCUGGGAAGGGCAAAGGGCUGUCUGAGUUUAACGCCAAGACCAGAGAGACGGAAAUGGAACUUGAAGUCAGGAGACUGAAACAGGAGAACUUUAAGCUCAGAGACCAGAACGACGAUCUUAACGCUCAGAUUCUGAGUCUGAGUUUGUAUGAAGCAAAGAACCUGUUUUCCUGCCACACCAAGGCGCAGUGCCUCGCUGCUGAGAUCGACAACGCUUCGAGAGACGAGCUUGUUGACGCUCUGAAAGAACAGGAAGAGAUCAACCUGCGUCUGAGACAAUAUAUGGACAAAAUCAUUCUGGCCAUUCUUGAUCACAAUCCUUCCAUCCUAGAGAUUAAGCAGUAAACUUUACAUUUGUUUUAGUGUAGGCGUGGUAAUUAGCCAUGGCACCAGUUUCUAUAUGUCUGAAAGUUUGAAUGAAAGGCUUCAAACACUAAAUGGGCUUGAACAUGUUUUUUUUUAACCUUUCCAGUCUUUGUCUUUUUUUUGGACCAAAAAGAUGUUUGUACUUUUUUAGCUCAUACACUUCACCCAAAUUUUGACAUAAACAAAUAUGCUAAAAGUCAGGAUUGUUUAACACAUUCUUUCAAGAUCAUUUUAUUGAUCCCACAAGGAAAUUAUUUUGUACAAGUAACACAAAACACAGUAAAAUAUGAAUAAAUAGAAUAAAAAA